CUCCGCUGUCGCAUUCUACGCGCUCUGUUUUCCUCUUCCCGGCACGACCUGCCUUCUCGUUUAUCGAAGUUCGACCGUUGUUUCAACCGACCCUUCUCCUCGCCUCUUCUGUCCGUCUUCUCGUUUGGGGAGUCGAUUCUGGCGUUCUGAUGCAGAGGCUCGUGGAUGGCGCCCUCGCCGUUGCCAAAGAAUCUGUGAAGACGUUCACUUAUGAAUCUUUGAACAGUGUGGCAAGGGUAAUUAAUGGGACCUCAGCUCUUGUUCUUGCUAUUUUGCCUGGGAAGACCAGUAUUCUUGAAGGCAUCCAUGGCUGGGAACUUAGGCCUACUUUUCGGGGCCCUCGACUUCCUCGAUGGAUGGAGAAUGGUGCGUCUUCUUUCAACCAGCUUAUUCAUGAGCUUUCUGCUGAAUAUGAUCCCUCAUCAAUUUCUGAUUAUGCCUCUGGGGAUGAAGAUGAUGAUGAUAGCAGCCAACCUGCAUCUCCCCUUUCUCAAGUUUCACGAUUUUCACGGGCUAGCUACUUUUCUAGGCAUGACAGACAUCAAGUAUCUUGGAUCAGAAGCUUCUUUUUAUGGAUUAUUUGGCCUCUGAUAUUCCUUAUACGGAUUCCUAUCCGCAUCUUUCACUCACCAGGAGCAAAGAAAGAUGCAUCCACUUCUGUUGAUGGCUGUACAAAUCAUCAUCAUUCGCAUUCGCAUUCGCAUUUGAAGAAGAUAAACCUCAGUAAGGAUCAUCUGGUGCACCAUACUACAGAUAGGAGGCGUGGAGUUGUGGAGGACUUGCAGCUAGCAAUUGAGAUCUUCAUAGAGUCUGUAUUUGAAAAAUUCCAUAGUGUUGCACAUCUUCUUCUCUCUCCCUUUGCCACCUGCCGGCUGCUGAUUAGAUAUAUAUUUUCUUGUAAGAGCAAGAACAAAGAUGUUGCUACUGAUGUAACUAUAUCUGUUCCUACUUCUAUCCUUGGGGAUGUGGAUCCAUCUCUAACUGAAAGGCAAACCACAUUUCAUCCACCACUGAAUACAGAUUGCAGAACUUGCGAAGACGUUAUUAGAGAGCUUGGGUAUCCUUACGAGGCCAUCCAUGUUGUAACUUCUGAUGGAUAUAUAUUGCUUUUGGAAAGGAUACCAAGGCAUGAUUCACGGAAGGUAAUUUACUUACAGCAUGGAAUACUGGAUUCAUCUUUGGGGUGGGUCUCUAACGGGGUUGUUGGUUCUCCAGCAUUUGCAGCAUAUGAUCAAGGUUAUGAUGUUUUUCUAGGGAAUCUCCGUGGUUUGGUUUCCAGGGGCCAUGUUGACAAGAACAUCUCCUCUCGCAAGUAUUGGAGGUACUCUGUGAAUGAGCAUGGAACCCAGGAUAUUCCAGCAAUGCUGGACAAGAUCCAUGCAAUUAAAACCUCAGAACUGCGGCAUCAGCAUCCUGAGCAUGAUGUUGACACGAGUGAUCAGCCAUACAAGUUGUCUGCCAUUUGUCACAGCUUAGGAGGGGCAGUGAUGUUGAUGUAUCUCAUUACAAGACGAUUAGAAAACUUGCCUCAUCGACUUUCAAGAUUGAUACUUCUGUCACCAGCUGGUUUCCAUGAAGAGUGUACUGUUGCACUGACGGUGCUAUCCUAUCUGUUGCGCCUGCUUGCACCUGUCCUCGCUCCUCUUGUUCCUGGAUUCUACAUACCCACCAGGUUUUUCCGCAUGCUGUUCAACAAAUUGGCAAGAGACUUCCACAAUUAUCCUGCUGUUGGGGGUUUAGUGCAGACUCUGCUGAGUUACGUUGUUGGUGGAGAUAGCUCAAAUUGGGUGGGAGUGAUUGGUCAGCCUCAUUACAACAUGAACGAUAUGCCUGGUGUUUCUUAUUAUGUUGCUGUCCACUUGGCACAGAUGAAGCACUCCAGAAAGUUUAUCAUGUAUGAUUUUGGGAAUGCAAACGCAAACAUGAAAGCUUAUGGAACAGCCCUUCCGCUAGACUUGGGUUCACACUAUGAUUUGAUUGAUGUGCCUGUUGAUUUGGUUGCUGGAUGCAAAGAUAAAGUAAUUCCUGCCUCAAUGGUUAGGAAGCACUACAAGUUGAUGAAGAAUUCUGGGGUGGAUGUCUCCUAUAAUGAGUUUAAAUAUGCUCAUGUUGAUUUCCUCUUUUCACACAGUGAGGAGCUUCUGGCUUAUGUCAUGUCCCGCCUGUUGCGUGUUGAGCCACCAUUAUCAGUAAGUCAAUCUAAGGCUAUGAGGCUGGGAAGAACUGGUAAAAGAAGAAGCAGUAAUAGGAAGUCGUCAGAUUUUCCUUCAGAAGUGAAAGAAGUGGAUUUAGUCCCAACAGAGUAGUCGCUAGUUCCAGCUGCAUAGAUUUCUGGGUCAAGGGAGAAAUGUCCCUACUUUUUCUCGGGGAUGGCUUCCUUUAGUUAGUCUUCAUGUUGUAUGCUGUCCUUAUACUUUAUUUAAGGACAUAAAAAAUGAGACGCUAGGAAAGAUACUGCCGUUUUCAGAUGAACUACAUACAGUUCAGAUGUCGAAUCUGAAUUAGCUCUAAUGCUGACUCCACUCUGAAACGACAGAUGAUUGUAAACUUGAAAGUUGAAUGGUCAUUCCUGUACAUGCCUUUCAGAGUUU